CCUUUCAUUUGUAUAGCUUUGUGUAAACAGUCAGAGUGAACCUCUAACGCUAGUUGAAGGUGGUCUGAAAUGAGCAACUCUGAAGUGAUAACUCUAAAUGUUGGGGGCAUGAAAUUCAGCACAUUAACCUCAACCUUGAUGCGGAUCCCAGAGGCAAGACUGGCACAUAUCCUUGAUGGCAGUGAUCAGGACUUUAAGAUAGUAAAUGGACAGUAUUUUGUGGAUCGAGAUGGUACUUUGUUCAGCUAUAUUUUGGAUUAUCUUCGAACAUCUCGGCUGACUUUACCUUCUGAUUUUUCAGAUUAUGAAAGACUUCAAAGGGAAGCAGAGUUCUACAAUCUUCCAACCUUGGUUGAGCAGCUAGGUCAGGAGAACUUUUAUCGUCCCAGAUUGGAGAUCUUGGAAGUACGUUUUCUCCUUCAAGAAACACAUGCUUUUUUUAGGAUAUUCUGCUCAUGCAACAGCACAAUAGAAGCAUUUGCCGAUCGCAUUUUAAUGUUCGCAGAACAGCCCAUGGGAGGUCAAGGUUGGAAUUUCCCAUUCUCCUCACAAAAACCUAUGGCUCCAAUUCCCCUUCAAAGACCCUCACAUCAUGACCUAGUGUUCCAAUGUGGUACGGACUAUGCAACAGGAGACCUAUUCAAAACCAGGUAUGUGUCUAUAAAACCAGAUCAGAGAAAACUGCUAAAUGGAACCAAUGUGCUGGGACUACUGCUGGAUAUCCUGCUUAAAGAAGGCUUCAGUCUGGUGAGCACCAGAGCAGUGUCAGCAGAAGAGAAGGUAGAGUGCUACACAUUUGAGAGGAAGAAAAGACCUGAAGUCCUAACUAUUGCAGAAAAUACCAAACCAGAAAGAAAUGUGACAAUCCAGGUGAAGCAAGGGAAAUCCAAUAAAAAGAGAUGAACAAAUAUAGCCUAGAAAACCAUCAAGACCAAAAAAAAAAAAAAAAAACCAGUCAGGAAAACAUGCUGGAGUGCGCCAAACACACUGAAUCUUUCCCAUAGUAAGCAUAAGCGGCAACAGGUAUGGGAUCUGUUAUCCAUUACCCAUAAAGUUCCAUAAGCCAGCAAGAGAUGGGGAGAGGGGAGAAGAAUGCUUUCCACAAGCCGCUGGAAAGAACACUAAACCAUUAAAUGAUUAAGAUGUCAGAGGCAGUGCCGUGAACGUCAGUGCAUUCAGGUUACAGUUUUCCAUCAGCAUAGCUUGUCGUGCCAUGGCUCGAAUAUUCUAGAAAGUACAAAGCAUACAGAAUAAAAAGUUCCUUACCUGUAUACAUGUUCAAUAAAAAAUCAAAUACGAAAAAAAAUUGUAUACUCUGGAAGAAUCCAGGAGAGUGUGCUAUAAAACAAGCUAUAGUAUGGCGAAUCAAAUUCAUUGUUAUAAUAAAAAUAAAAGGAAAAAUAAUCUUAAUUA